UGUGUGGUUUUUUUGCAAAGUAUAGUAUUUAAUAUAUAUACAAUAUAUUUAUAUUGGAAACAUCAUUCUUUCACAUAUAGUAGAUCAAAGUUUAUGGUGAAUGCUUCUUUUAAACAUCUUAUCCUAAUCGCAGCUAGUCUAGCAGUUAAAAAACGCUUCCGGAGAAAUUGGUUAUUUAGCAUCUUUAAAAAACUAGAUUAAUUAUGGCUGAAUUCCAAACCAAGUACAAUAUUAUCGAUGAAAAACCGCCGUAUAAUGAGCCGCUAAAGGCACAGUAUAAACAUGGCUUUGCAUUUUACACCAUGAAGGAACGCCUUCCGGUUAUCCUCACGCAGGUAAUUGAUCAGCUGUCGAAGGAUAAGGAACAGAUCGUUGAGCAUUUCGGUGAGGAAGCGCGCGAAGAACUAAAAUACGCGAUUGGCGAAAUUUCCAAACUGAAAUACGAGUUGCAAACCGAUAAGGAGCUGAAACCGAUCACCAGCUCGCUGGGUGAUGAGGGCCUGUGGAAUGAAUUCCUCACUUCACUGGGAGAGGAAAAUACGUACUACUCGAGCUGCUGGUUGUACGCGGAGACCUACAUGUACCGGAGGUUGAAUAACAUCUUCGAGAGCACGACUACUCUGAAAAAGUUGGAUUAUUUUCAACAGCAGAAGCACAAAGCUUUGACAAAUUCUUAUGAUGCCAUAAUAGCGGUAUUACGGUCGAUUGACAUUUUUAACCAAAAAUCUAGCCAAAGCGAAACUGAAAUUGGAGAGUUUUUCAUAAAAAUGUUGAAACUCAACCUGUGGGGUAAUCGAUGCGAUCUCUCUAUAACCGCCGGUCAGGACGUGAAGCAAGAUGGAGAUCCCUUCAGUUUGCUUGCAUCGUUGGACAGUUUUAUCGUGAGCGACCACACGGAUGCCAUUUGGAAUUGUGUCAGGAACAACAAAGGCAAAGAAAUUGACAUAAUUAACGACAAUUCGGGCUACGAACUGUUUACCGAUUUAUGUCUAGCCGAUUUCAUUAUCGAACAUCAGCUGGCACGGCGGAUUAAUUUCAACGUUAAGGCCAUUCCUUGGUAUAUUUCCGAUGUUACACCUAAAGACAUGCAGUGGACGUUGGAUACUCUGAGCGCGCAUGAAAAUGCUCUGGUUGCGGCAUUUGGGCAACGGUUGAAGGCUCGCUUUGAGGAAGGCAGCUUGAAUCUCAAAACAGUCGAUAACUUCUGGACGUCCCCUGUAGAGUUUUACCGAAUGAAGGAAAUCAGCCCAAGCCUGCACGACGAUUUGGCUCAAUCCAGUCUGCUGAUUUUCAAGGGUGAUCUGAACUAUCGAAAGCUAUUGGGGGACUUUAAUUUUCCCUACACGACACCUUUCCGGGAAGCGUUGCGUGGAUUUGAACCGACUAACCUGUGCACCUUGCGAACGGUCAAAGCGGAUUUGAUUUGCGGUCUCCCCGAGGAAGGACUAGCGGAGCAACUGUUCGCCAAGGACGACCGUUGGAUGGUUACCGGCGAGUAUGGGGUCAUCCAGUUUGCAGCAAAAAAAUAGCGUUGAAUGUAGAAGGCAGUUGAGCUUUUUCGGUUGUUUCAUUUAGUACACCAAAUCAGUAGAUAGGUUUUUUUCUGUUUUUAAUUCAUUUUUUUAUUUAUUUCUCCAUGAAAUAGCAAAAGUUUCUCUUUGCGUAUGUGUGCAACUCUGUGUCAUUUUUUUAGAUUUGAAAAGUUUAAU